CACUCAGAAUGGAGAUAAAAAGGCUUUUUUUUCCUUGGAGAAUUUUGGACAAGAUCUUCUGUCCAGAUUUGAUAUGAUACGUGAUACGUGAUACUGGGUCAUCGGGAAAUAGACGUGACUCCCAAGAGACCCAGAUAUUCAGCUGCUCUCCAUGAGUAAUUGUUCAGAGAUCUGCGGUAAGCUCGAUCCCAUAUAUAUGUUCUCUGGGGCGUUUUGAGCCUGUUCAUUAUGUUCUGUGUAACUCAGGCAUGAUCAUGUUAGUCGACUUUUGGCUCAUGGGGGUUUGGACCCCGAAAGUCGCGACGUCAUGACUUCAACCAAGCGUCAACGACAUAUAAAAUCAAGCAUGCUCAAAAUAUUCUCGCGAACAAAAAUCUCAUCAGUCACAUAUCCGAGCAAUUUCCUUCGCGCAACUCUUCCCAUUCGAACCAUGGCGACCGGUGCUGCAAACAAUGAGGAUCUGAGAGUUAAUAAGCUAUUCGAUGUCUCCAAUUUCUCGGCGGUUGUUACAGGAGGAGUUUCUGGUAUUGGGCUCAUGAUUACGCAGACUUUGGUGGCCAAUGGUGCUAAAGUCUACAUUACUGGACGCCGUGAGGAAGCGUUGAAAACUGUUGUUGAGAGAUACAAUACCGGGCCAGGCAAGAUUAUCCCUCUGCCUGGAGAUAUCACCAAGAAAAAUGAUAUUCUGAGACUCGUCAAGGAAGUUGAGUCCAAGGAGUCCAAGGGAAUCCAUCUUCUAGUCAAUAAUGCCGGCAUUGCACGAGAUGAUAACACGAAAUAUUCGAACGGCAAGCCCGACUUCAAGUCGGCUCAAUCCCUCUCCGACCAUCUCAUGAAGUCCGAUCCCCAAGCCUGGGCAGAUACAUUCUCUACAAACGUGACCUCUCAAUUCUUCGUUGCAGCAGCCUUCUUACCCUUACUCUCCAAGUCACUCAACAGCACACCCGGAUUCUCCCCCAGCAUCGUGAAUAUCACGAGUAUUUCCGGCGUCAUGAAAGGCAGCAGCAACGGACAAUUCGCUUAUGCUUCAUCCAAGGCCGCAUUCUUGCAUUUGACGAGGAUGAUGGCUACGACGUUUUUAGAGGCAAAGGUUAGAGUUAAUUCUAUUGCGCCGGGAGUAUUCCCUUCGGAGAUGACAGCCGGGAAGAGUGAUGAGCAUCAGAAGAGUGAGCUCGACAGUGAGGCGAGUAAUCCGGCAGGUAGGUAUGGACAUGAUACUGAUAUGGGGGCUUGUAUUCUGUUCCUUGCUGGUCCAGGAGGAGUUUUCUUGAAUGGACAGGUUGUGUACCCUGAUGGAGGCAAUAUUCUGGUAUCACCAGCAUGUACUUAAUUAGCGGUAGGUUUGGCUUGUACAGCAAAUCAAAGAGCUUCAAGAACAGCGUUUCUCACACAAGACAUCAUAAACUUUGUCA